GCACAGACCGCCAUUUGCAGAGAGAAUAUUAGAAACCUAAAUAGUGUUACAUAAUGGAUCACAUUCCCCGUCUAUCAGAGGUCCUGUAUGUUGGUCUGUGUCGUAAGAUAGGUACACCGACAGAAGUGGCCAUCAGAAGGGACGUGAUGGAUAUAAGAGAGAUGAUAGAGAAACCUGUUCAUAAUCAUAGAGGCUGUGCUAUAAUGUACAGUGGGAGUCAUAGAGAGGGAUUAAGGUUGAAAUCAUCUGACAGGGAUGCAAUGUUCUGGGAAUGCAAUUAUAAACUAAUUACUGACAUCUCGCAGUCUCGGUUUUAUAAUGCAACAAAACAUAUUAUAGUGCUCAUGGAAGAUUUUGAUACACCACCUGGAUUUGUCAAACUGCGCCUACUGACACCAACACGACGCAAAGACACGAUAUCUUGCCUUGUUCUCUUUAAUGGUGGAUCUUAUCUAUCCAGUCGUCUCUGGAGAGAAAACUAUUUUCAGCACAGGAUUAAUAAAGGUUCCCGCUCUGAAAAUAUCAUAAUUCAUGGUCCUUGUAGUAGUGGUUUUGUAGGAUCUGUUGAAUUCGAUGAAGCUGAUUGUUUAGCCACUUUUCCUUGGCCUAAACUAGUAGGAAGUUGGGUUGACAGAUGUCAGAGACAUACCUGGCCGCCGUCAUCUGUGUUAGAAAAAAUCCUAAAAAAUGAAUGUCACUGUAUGCCUAUUGGUAGUAAAGUAAAUAUGACUUCUGACGAAUUGGAAUGGAGAUUAUCAUUUUCUCAAGCCGAACAACAACUGGUGUGUACCAUAAAUCAUACACAAUUUUCAUGUUACGGACUUCUGAAAAUAUUCCUGAAGGAAGUUGUUAACUAUAGAAAGGAACCAUUACUGUGUUCAUAUUUCCUUAAAACUGCAAUGUUCUGGAUGAUGCAAUCAGGACAAGUUAAAUGGUGUCCAAACAACUUGUUGGAUUGUUUUUGGAGGUGUUUAAAAUAUCUUCUUCAUUGUGUUUACCGGGGAGCGCUUCCUAAUUUUUUCAUUCCACAGAACAACAUGUUCAGAAAUAAAAUUGUUGGUGGUGCACGUGAAUCUCUAUUACAACAGCUCUUUCAGUAUUACAGAAUGGGUGUGUCCUGUCUACUACUGAGUCCAAGUCUCAGAUCAAUCCUAGAACCAGCCCUUAGUAGCCUGUCCUUUGUGUUAUCUUCUGCUGAGGGAGAAUUCAUUAGUAUUGCAGAUUCAGAUAUAUGUGGCAUGAAUGAAUUAUCUGAAUUAACUUUAUUUGCAGAAGACAUACUGGACUCUUAUCUUUAUCUAAAAUCAAUAAAUACACUAUCUCGGUUAUUACUCUCGCCAUACCAGUUAUUAACAUUGCAGUAUUGUACUGCUCAGAAUCUUGUUUUUCUAGCUUUUAUAGAGAUAAACGGUUCUUUAUGUUACACACAUAAAGAUAUCUAUAACUUAGAUACAAUAAUUUGUGGCAUAUUGAAAAUGGCAGCAAAAUUAGGUCCUGUGUCUUAUGUACUGUAUCUGGCAUUGUAUUACUACAGAACAGGGAGGUAUGAUAAGACUGUACGUAUUACAUAUCUCACUAGACAAAGACUAUUACAGACCUUUAAUAUGCAUAUUGCAACUGUUAAUAGGCAGAGAUACAAUGAGGCUGUAGGUAAUCUGUCUUUGUCUAGAAGAAUGAAUAUAGCAUGGGUAGAUUCUUUGUGUUUAGUUAGAAAUAUUCCCUGUAUUGAAGAAUUAUGUGUCGAGCAGUAUGUAAGUCAGCAAAAUAGAGAGUAUUUCUUACAUGUAUCACCGAUUGUUAUGCUACAGAUGUUGUCCGUGUUGUCUCACUAUAGACUAGGAAAUAGAUCUCAGAGUUUACAGUCACUGACAGACCUACAGACACUGCUGCUGUAUGAUGACGGGACAUAUGUGCCUUUACCCUUCAGAGACCUAUCCUGGCAGAUACUAGGAAUCUGUCAACAAAUUGUAGGAGACUUACAUGGGGCAUUACGGUCUUAUGAAGAGUUGCUAAGACAGAAAUGGUAUAACAAAAUAAAAGAAGCUACAGAUUUUAGAAUAGAAUGUGUUAAACAACAAUUACAGAGCAAUGGACACAUAUAAUGAUAGGUUUUUUAAUGUAUCUAUCGUCAAUUUAAAACGUAGUAGAUCACGAAGCGAUACUUGUGUAAAAAAAAAAAUUGUAAGAAACACAGAUGAAAACUUAAUGAAUACUUAAUACAUGCAUUUUCUUGCUUCCAUAUAAACCUUACUGUUAAAUCUUGCACUUACUUAAACAGGGUAGAUCAUUUAAAUGAUAAUAAAUAAUUAAAUUUUUCUUUAUUCUUAGGACUGUUGAACACGUUGAAGGGCAUCAAAAUGAAUCUUGAUUUUAGGGAAAAAAGUUUUUUGUCUACAUGGUGAUCUGUAUAAUCCAACUUACAUAAUGUUGUUAGCAAAUGAAAAAAUAUUUGAACUAUAAUAAAGCAUAAUAUCACAAUUGUUUUGUUAAUUUUAAUUGCAAAAUGGUAACUGCGCUAUAAAAGCUUUUUUUUUCAUUUUAAAACAAAGAACGUGGGCGCUUUUGAUUGGCAUUCGGCAGGAACCUGGGCGUAAUUGAAAAGUGAAAAUUUUAUUGACAUGUCACAUGAAAUUUUAACAUUUUUUUAAUUUAUCGGGUUCCUGUGCAACAGGAACGAAAAAUAUUUUCCCGAAAUUGAGCUUUGAUUUGCUAAAAAAUAACUUGAAAAUUGGCCAUAUCAGACAUUUGGU